AUGGCCAAGAUCCAGCCCCUCGCUGCCGCGGCCUCACCGUCGUCCUCUGAUGAUCAACGGAGCCAGCAGGCGUACACGGUGUGGAUGAAGUCGCUGGUCUUCAACGGCAAUGGCUGCACGGUGUACAGCCCCGACGGCGCCGUCGCCUUCCGCGUCGACAACUACGGCUGCAGGGGCGGCCGCGAGGUCUUCUUCAUGGACCGUAAGGGGAACGCCCUCAUCAGGAUCAGGCGCAAGGGCUUCGGGAUGUUCAGGAGCUGGGAGGUCUGUCGCUGCGCCCACAACGGCGGCCAGGAGGAGGAGGCCACGCAGUGGUUCAGCGUGCGGCGGGCCGAGAAGGGCGGAGCCGCCGUGGCGAUGCACGGCGGCACGGGGACGUGCUACACGAUCGACGGGUGCUCUGCCCGCAAGUCGGAGUACAGCGUACGCGGCGUGGAUGGCGCGGUGGUGGCAGAGGUCGCACGGAAGCAGACGCCGGCGGGGGUGGUGCUGGGGGAGGACGUGCUGGCGCUGACGGUGGCGCCGGAGGCGGAUCACCUGCUCUUCCUGGGUUUGGUCGUCGUGCGUGGCCUCAUCAACCGCUCCUUGUGAUGGAUGCCUGAAAUGCCAAUCCUCUUCUUCUCUAGCCAGGAAAGUAGUACAUGAUGAGACUGAUAGUACCUGUAGGCGGUUCAUGUGACACCUUUUUUUCAGACAAACAAUUUAGGUAGUUUUUGCCCGAACUGAAGACAUUGUGACUCUUUUUGUGCAUGUUUUUACCCUUUCUCAAAAGGUUUUCAAUACCAAAAUCUCAACACAAUGAAUUUAU